AGGCAAUAACAUAUCAUCUUGAUCAGACAAAUAAUGGGAAUUUAAACAAAUGAGAUGGAACCAUCGAAGAACUGUGAUGUCACUAGAGGACAUGAACACUACCUAUGUCAUAUAUUAUUACUGGAACAAGCUUCACCCAUCGCAUUGAAGGCCAUAAUUAAAAGAGAAGAGAAAAAAUGUGAAAAACAUAUUGGUAUUUUGCUCAAUGAGAAUAGAGAUGCGUUUACAACCCAGUACGAAACAGAGUUUCUUCAAUUAAUUCAAGAGGAUGAUGUCAAUGACGACAUUCAUACGUGGGACACACUUCAAUUAUGUGCUAUGACUUUAGUUUUGUUUAAAUCUGAUCUAACUGAACCUGAACUUAAAGCCAUUCAAUGUAUAUAUGAUCAGAGGAAAGAUAUUGAACAAUACACCGAAUGUGCCUCCCUAUCAUUCAAUACCUACAAGGAGAAACAAUAUUUAUUGCACGAUCAAUUACUCGAGUUGAUGACGCUAAUAGACGACCAAGCUAAAAUUGAGUGUAAACGCAUGCUGUUUUCAUUUGAAUCAAAAUCAAUGAAAUUAAGCGAAACACAGAUAGCUAAACUAACACAGACAAAUGAUAUCAAAACUCAUCUUAAAAUUGCAAUUGAUGUAGAUGUCGUAACAGAGAAUGAUAUCAAUUGCGAAGAAAACCACCAAAAGCUCCAGACCAAUGGCCAAAUGUUCACUGAAGAACUUCAGAACAAAAAUGUCUACAUCAAUGAUUCAGCUAUUUUGACAUGUAAACUCAACUUUUCAACGGAUAAAAAUAUUGAGUGGAAGAAAGAUAAAAAGCCGGUUGAAAUUUCAAACAAUUUAAUGGUCAUGAGCAAGAAUGGCAAUCACUGGUUAGCGAUUUCCCGAACAUCAUUGGAAGAUACAGGUCAAUAUACGUGUGAAUGUGGCCAUAUUUCAACUUCAGCUGAUCUUACUGUUAUAGAUGAAGCAUUACGUAUAAUCGUUGAUUUGCCUGUCAAGAUUGAGGUUAUUGAAAAAGGAAACAUUGAUAUAGAAUGUAAGGUGAACCUGCUAACGAGUAAACCUGUUUGGCGACACAAAGGGAAAGUCCUACAAUCAUCUGAUAGAACAGUUAUAAUAGCAAAGGGAAUUACACAUAAAUUGAUGAUCACGAAUGUAACAUUACACGACGAGGGUGAAUAUUCAGUUACCUUAGGGAAUGUCUCAUCUAAAACAACAGUUGAAAUACAAGGGGAAACAGACCUGAAUCACAGAAAACAGAUAACACAAGAAUUAUACAGAAAUUGGAUGAGAGGAGCUCUCGCGUUGAAAUAUUUGAAAAUUGGUUUAGAGGGUUUUUCCGACAAGGCUGUAACCAAACAACAUAAUGAUCUAAUGAAAACACUUAGCAACGCAUGCAACACUUGUACAGAGGAAAGUCUUCUCCCACAUAAACAAGAUCAAUGCCCACGACAAAGAAAAUAUCAAUGUUUAUGUACCAAAAGUCAAAAAAACCUGUCAAGACAAAUGUGUCCAAAUGGGGGAUUUUGUGGUUACGUUUAUAAUAGAAUAGUUUGUAAUCAUCGCUUUCAAGAUCCAUUAUUCGCAAACACAGAUAUCAAGAAAUGGAGCAGUGAUCCGUGGAGUGUUGCCACAUGUUUUAUAAAUACUACUGGCUACAAAGGCAAACAAUCAGCUAAAGAGAUUGACUGCUCUGGUUUGCUUAGUAUGUGUAUAAACAACAUUGAUAUAGAAAUGAUGCUUGGAGAAGUUACCAUCGAUGGGAAAAUAGAUGCAUUUGCACAGGCAAGGGAAGCACGGAAUGAUAUCCUUCACAGCCCAAACUAUGAGCUAUCUGAAAAUCAACUGCACACGUUUAUCAAAAUGUUCAAAGAAGUACUAGAAAUCAAGGACAAACAUGGAAAUACACCACUGAAAGGGGAACCAGGCGUUGCACACGCAUUAAAUUUACUGCAAAUGGUGCAACAAAAUCAGAUUGAGAUAAACCUGGAACAUGAAAUGAGAGAGCUGAGAGAGCAUGGGAUGUCUAAAUUAGAAGAAAAAUACAAAACAGCACAAAAACAGCAUGAAUUGAAACUUCAAAUGAUAGAGCAACAUAUAAAAGAUAAAGAAAAUGAGCUUCGGCUUAUGCUAAAUCUAAGAUAUGCGGGAAAAGAAAAGAAUCUUAAAGAGCACUUCUUGCUUGAUUUACAUAUAAAUGUUUUUGCUAAAAAUGGUGAUAAAAGUGCUGAAGGCAAUCAACGAGUUUAUGAAGUAAUGAGAGACUAUAUUAAAGAUAACGAUGAUAUGACUGGUUCGCCUUUUGAUGAAAGAUCAACUGAUACACCAAUCUAUCACCUCGUAGAUUUCAUCAAGGCCAUAACGGAAUGUCGUAUCAUUGAUAUUUCUACCACUGACCAGACGUCAACAGACAUUAAAAUCAACUGCCCCAGUUCAAAUGCCAUGGAAGAUUUUCUUAAGUUUAUCACCAGUAACGAAUUUCAACAAGAACUGUUUGGCCUACGACGAUGGCUACAAGUGCAAUAUGACAUUGAAUCGCAUGACAUAAUUGCCAAUUGCUCAUCAAAUGGCAUAGAGAAAGCAAAACAACGGCUUCGUAAGUUGAAUAUGAAUAAUAAUGAUAUAUGA